CUGAAAUAUGUCAGAAAACUCUGUCACCCGCUUUAACUCUCUUCUCCCUCUAUCUCUGUAGAGAGAGAGAGAGGAGAGCUUCUUGUUUUUGGCCUUUUCCCAUUUGAAAAUUUGUUCAUCUUCAUUGCAUUUAAAAUCCUGCAGCGAUGCAUCGAGAAUCGAGCUCAUGUUUCCGAAAUUCCUAUGGAAGUUCAUCCACUUCAGAGCUUUCCUUCUUCAGAAACUGGGAGAGGAUUAAGGCCGCGGAAGGCCAAUGAGGCGGCAACGGCCGUGAUGAUGAUGGAGGUGAAAAAGGAGGUUAAUCGGCCGGAAGACGACGAGUUAUCGACUCCGGUGUUGCCGUCGAUUAAUCUCGGUCUUCAAAUUGGCACGAAUUCCGCGGGAAGUCGAAACGAGAGAACCUCGAUUGCUCGUCGGUCGAGGGAGCCGAUUCUUACGGCUGGCCAAUUGCAGGAGCUCGAGCAGCAAGUUCUUAUUUACAAGUACCUGGCUGCUGGUCUCCGUGUUCCUACCCACCUUCUCGUUCCAAUUUGGAAGAGUGCCGCCAGGAUCUUGGACUCUAAUGUCAGUGGUGUCUACGAGCGCUACAGUAGCUUUAUAGGAUUCAGUCCAGUGGGAUUUGAUUACAGAAGUAUGAUGGAUCCUGAACCAGGGAGAUGUAGAAGAACUGAUGGCAAGAAGUGGAGAUGUAGCCGGAAAACUGUUCCGCAACAGAAAUACUGUGAACGGCACAUGCAUAGAGGCCGACAGCGUUCAAGAAAGCCUGUGGAAGCUUCAGAAAAUGAUUCUCCAUCAAAGAAAAUCAUACUCAACAAUCCAGACAGAGAUGUAAGAUGUACACUUGAUGUUCCUACCUCCGCCAUUUGUGGGAAUAACAAAACCAAGAAUCAUUUAAGCUGUAAUUUUACCACUGCCAUCCCCUUUCUCCCCGUUGAAGCUGUAGUCCCUGGUCCCAAAACAGUUUCUGAUACCCUUCCUAAAUCAGUUACUGAAACCAUUACUGGCAGCAUGCACAGUGCAUCGGCCAUUGUUACCAGCUGUGCUGAUGCAACUAAAACCAUCAGAAUGGUCCCUGUCAGUGCCCCCAACACCACUGCUACAUGUAUUACAACAGUUCCCAGUAUUAAUCCAACUGCUACUACCAGCAUUCCCACUAGUUAUAUAGUCGACUUGAAAGAUGCUUGCAACAUGAAUUUUCGUGAGAAUUGCAGCAAGAGCCGUAACAACAUUGGAAGAAAUGAUCCCAAUAUCCAGAAGAUCGCAUCUCCAGGUCUUGGGUUCUCUCCUAAUAGUGUUCUUCAAGUUCCUGGUUGCAGCAGCUCAUUGUGUGACAGUAAAAUCAACCUUGAACUUGAACCAGGACGGUGUCGACGAACGGAUGGGAAGAAGUGGCGAUGCAGGAGAGACGUUAUUCCAAAUCAGAAGUAUUGUGCUUUACAUAUGCACAGAGGUUCGAAGAAGCAUUUGAAGCCCUUCCAAAAUGCAGCCGUUCUUGCUCCUCCUGCUGCUACCUAUGGCACUAUGCUACCUUUAGUAAUGACACCGCUCACAAAACUCGAACCUGCAACACCAAACACGAAUCUUUCAAUGUCGAUCCAGGCCGACAACAAAGGGAGACACACUGAAGCAAGGAGCAACGUCAGCAGCAGCAGUGAGACCACCAUUACUGACACCACGAUCACAGCCUAAGAAAAUGUCUCUCACUGAGAAGGUAUGAAUCAGAACCCUUUGGCUUUAGAAAUCUUCUAUUUCUGCUGUUUUUCGUUUCGGGUUUGUACCAUUUCGGCAUGUAAACAAGACUGGGGGAUAAUCUUGUUGGAAAAAGAAAGAGUGAUGAUGGUAGAGCAGUUGAGGUACAGGGAGUAGUCAAAUUUUCUCGUACUGAAAAGCGAAGAAAAGUUUGGAAAUAGGUUUCUAAAUAUGUUUUGGAUAAAUAGGUUUCUAAAUAUGUUUUCGUUUGGAUAAUUAACAAAAAUGUGCAAAUUUUCUGAAGCGACGUUUCUGUUCCCUCGUUCGUCAGCCGAAAAGCUAAGAGAAUUUUGGGAUAAUCAACAAAA